AUGGACGACGACGACUUUAUACGUGAGCAUGAGGAAGACCCUGACGACGCAGAAUCAUGGAAAGAAGAACGCCGCCAGUAUAAAAAUCCCUGGGAAGAAAAUCACAGGUGGUAUUGUAAUUGUGACAUGGACUACGAUGAUACAGAACGCGACUACCCGAUAGGCGAUGACGAACUCGACUCCGAGCACGACAUAUCUGAGGACGAUGAGAAGGCAAGUGAUAUAUAUCAUGAUCCAUAUCUUGAUCAUUGUGAUUCUGAAGAUGGAGUACCUGUCGUAGAGAAGGAGGAAGUUAAGGAGGGUACAGGCUUCAACGAUAUCAUGCAAAGAUUUCCAAGUAAGGGGGGAGGGAAAGCGGAGGUCUAUCAGCCGCCGCCACAAUAUGAUCUAGGCUCCGAGUCUGAGGAAGGGGAUCCGGCGUUUGUGCUCGGAGAAAAUGUGUGUGGUGUGUGCAAGCGUAGAAAUAUUCAGGUUGUAUAUGUAUCGUGCGGCCAUGGCGCUUGUGUAUGCUGUGCAAAGCGGGUGUGGUGUAGAGGAAGGAUGAUGAGGCUGAGGUUUCCGACAUGGCUGAGGUGCCAGGAAUGUAAAGGUAAGGUGAAUACCGUGGAUCUCGUUGAUGGGGAAGAGGUGGUUGGAGUGGGGCUGAAGGUGUUGGAGUGGAUUGUCCAAGUGUCGGAGAGGAUCCAAAGGAUGUGGAAGGCAAGGUAUGGCGAGUGA